UUAAUUCCAACGUACGAGACCUCAAACCCAAUCCAGCUAUGUCCAUGCUAACUAUGCCGGUUUCAAUGUCGAUGUCGAAGCCGAAUCACGACGUUUGUAUUUCCCGUCAUCAAAUAACAUCAUGUCAUGUAGUGUCUUCGGUUCGACAACGUCCACCCUACACCCCGAAUUACAUCCCGGACGCUUCCUAUGUACGCGUAUUUGACACCACUCUCCGCGACGGCGAGCAAUCCCCCGGUGCAGCCCUCACGUCGAAGCAGAAGCUUCUCAUUGCCCGUCAGCUUGUGAAGCUGAGGGUCGAUGCAAUCGAGGCGGGAUUCCCGGCAGCGUCGAGGCAGGACUUUGAGGCUGUGGAGAUGGUUGCGAAGGAGGUUGGCAAUGAGGUAGGUGAGGAUGGGUACGUGCCGGUGAUUUGCGGGUUCUCGAGGUGUACCGAGAGCGACGUUCGAGCUGCUUGGGAGGCAGUGAAGUAUGCUAAGAGACCAAGAAUACAUAUGUUCAUUGCAACGAGUGAGAUUCAUUUGACGCAUAAGCUUAGAAAGACGAGAGGGGAAGUGGUUGAGAUUGCUAGGAACAUGGUGAGGUUUGCACGAAGCUUGGGUUUUGAUGAUGUUGAGUUUAGCCCUGAGGAUGCUGGCAGAUCAGAUAAAGAGUUUCUGUAUCAAAUUCUUGGUGAAGUGAUAAGAGCUGGGGCAACAACUCUGAACAUAACAGACACAGUGGGGUAUACAGUGCCAGCUGAAUAUGGGAAGCUGAUAGCUGAUAUAAAAUGUAAUACUCCUGGCACUCAAAAUGUUAUCAUUUCAACGCAUUGCCAGAAUGACCUUGGGCUAGCAACUGCCAAUACAAUAGCAGGGGCAUGCGGUGGUGCAAGGCAAGUUGAGGUCACAAUAAAUGGCAUAGGUGAGAGAGCUGGGAAUGCUUCACUCGAAGAGGUGGUAAUGACCCUACAAUGUCGUGGAGAGCAUGUGCUUGGAGGUCUUUACACUGGAAUUAACUCGCGACAUAUCUUUUCAGCUAGCAAGAUGGUAGAAGAGUACACUGGAUUGAAUGUGCAGCCCCACAAGGCCAUCGUUGGAGCCAAUGCCUUUGCUCAUCAAAGUGGCAUCCACCAGGAUGGGAUGCUUAAGCACAGA